AUGAAAACUCCAAUCUCCACAUGUCUUGACUCCAAAGUAGCGAUAGGUGCAAGUCCACACUACAACGAGAUCCCAGAGCAAGCUUCAUUUCCUGCCCGUCGCCCGGUCGACACUUGGAUUUACGUUCAGUUGGAGCAGUUCAUGCAAGCUCUGCAAUUGCGCAAGCAAUGGGCCCAAGUCCUAUCACGCCUCCAGCUCGGAUGCAUUAUGGCUCAUUACCAGCUUUGGACUAUGCCCCGUGAACAGAGCCCCGUCGAGGUCACUAGGCUACUUUGGUACACUCUCCCCCUACCUCACCCCCACCUCAAAUGGCCCUAUUUCUGCUCCAGCCUCCUUAAGUGUGCAGGGCAACCGCACUUUCCGUGGGUGGCAAAAAGUGGAAAAUUUGCUGAGGCCUUUUGGCUGAGCCACCGAGAUCGACCUGUUGGAGUAUCGAAGGCCCAGGCUAUCAGAGGGUUGACUGAUCCUCGAAUUUUGAGAACUGCAGAAUUGAGAAGUAUCCGUGUCUGCGUUAAUGCAUGUCAUGAGGCCUUGUAA